AUGGCCGCCGCUGCCGUUCGCCCUCUAGUUACCGUCCAUUCUCUCGACGGCGAUAUGAGCACUGAUCAUUCCAUCACAUUACCUCUUCCCGAUGUAAUGAAAGCUCCGGUUCGACCCGACGUCGUAAACCACGUCCACGCCCAGAUCUCAAACAACAGUCGUCAGCCUUACGCCGUAUCCAAGCUCGCCGGUCAUCAGACCUCCGCCGAGUCUUGGGGUACAGGAAGAGCUGUGUCGCGUAUCCCUCGUGUUCCAGGAGGCGGUACUCAUCGCGCCGGUCAAGCGGCUUUCGGAAACAUGUGCCGUGGUGGUCGUAUGUUCGCUCCGACGAAGAUCUACCGUCUCUGGCACCGUCGCGUCAAUGUUAAUUUGAAACGGCACGCGAUUGUUUCCGCGAUCGCUGCGACUGCUGUGCCUGCUCUCGUCACUGCCCGUGGGCACAAAAUCGAAGGUGUUCCGGAGAUGCCUCUUGUGAUAAGCGACUCAAUCGAGUCUGUGGAGAAGACGAGCGACGCGAUCAAGGUUCUGGAGCAGAUCGGAGCUUACGCUGAUGCUGAGAAGGCGAAAGAUAGUAUCGGAAUUCGAUCUGGUGUUGGGAAAAUGAGGAAUCGGAGAUACAUUUCUCGUAAAGGUCCGUUGAUUGUUUAUGGAAAUGAAGGAGCUAAUUUGGUGAAAGCGUUUAGGAACAUUCCUGGGGUUGAUUUGUGUCAUGUGGAGAGGUUGAAUUUGCUUAAACUUGCUCCUGGUGGUCAUUUGGGGAGAUUCGUUGUGUGGACUAAAUCGGCUUUUGAGAAGUUGGAAUCGGUUUAUGGAUCGUUUGAGAAGCCGUCGGAGAUGAAGAAAGGAUAUGUUUUGCCUCGUCCGAAGAUGGUGAAUGCUGAUCUUGCUAGGAUUAUCAAUUCUGAUGAGGUUCAGAGUGUGGUUAGGCCGAUUAAGAAGGAUGGGAAGAGAGCUGUGUUGAAGAAGAAUCCGUUGAAGAACUUGAAUGUGAUGUUGAAGCUUAACCCUUACGCUAAGACUGCGAGAAGAAUGUCUCUGUUGUCUGAAGUUGAGAGAGUGAAGUCCAAAACCGAGAAGCUUGAGAGGAAGAGAAAACCCAUCUCAAAGGAGGAAUCAGCCAAGAUCAAAGCAGCAGGAAAAGCGUGGUACCAGACCAUGAUAUCGGAUAGUGACUACACUGAGUUUGAUAACUUCACCAAGUGGCUCGGUGUCAAUCAGUAA